AUGAAGACGAGCCCAGCACAUCCACGGCUCAGGGUACUACGACAUCGGCUGAGCCAACAAUUUCACCUUCAACGAGUGCUGCUGAACUCGCAAAAGCUUCUGAUGAUGAGGAAGAGGAGAGCAAAUUUGGCUACACCCAGGGUAGGUUCAACUACGGCUGUGUAUGUCAUCGGCAACGUAUUUGGAAUCAAAGGAAAUUUCAGCAAAUUGAAGCGGUUAACGGUCGUGUACUAG